GAACUUUUUUUCCUCUGUAACUAAAUUCCAACGCUGGCUUUCGGCAACGAGAAGCCGUUUAACAUCCAUCGCUCGUACCGUUGAGAAAAACCCAGGAAUCCUUUCGGUUACAGCGCCUUUGCAAUGUCACUCCUUUUCCUCAGGUCCAACUGUGUCCGAUCAUCUACACCGUCGAGCUGGUUCUCGCGGAAUCUAUCGUCUCAGAUGCCACUACGAGCCAAACUCGAGAGCUCUGCAUUCGGCGGAAAGGCGAGGGUGAGUGAAAUCGCAAUGAGUCUCCGUGAUUUUUAUCCAUCGUCCAGCUUUAACUGAUGAAUCAUGUCGUUCGUGAUAGAUGUCCUCAGCCGCUUCCCCUACCGGUGCGAAAGAGCUCCCCGGCGACGAUCCCGACGAUGUCCUCUUUUCAAAGCUCUACGGCGUCAGAUUGAUUGAGCUCAACCGACCAAAGAAACUGAACUCGCUCAAUGGUUCGAUGGUGCGGAAGAUUCUUCCUAGACUACAGGAAUGGGAAAAAUCACAGCUUGCCAACAUUGUGAUGAUCUCCGGCGCUGGAACGAAGGCAUUCUGCGCUGGCGGAGACGUAGCCGAACUCGCAAAGCAGAAUACGGAGGGAGUUAGCGGCCAGCAAAAAUCUAGGGAAUUUUUCGGGCAGGAAUACCAGCUCGACCAUUACAUUGCGACCUACAGCAAGCCCUAUGUUGCGAUCUUGGAUGGAAUCACAAUGGGCGGCGGAGUCGGGCUCAGUGUGCAUGCGCCGUUCAGGAUAGCUACCGAACGUACCAUGUUUGCAAUGCCCGAGACCACCAUCGGCUUUUUCCCGGAUGUUGGCGGCUCUUUCUUUCUCCCACGCCUCGAUGGAGAGAUCGGUACAUAUCUCGCCCUUACAUCUGAGCGUCUGAGCGGUGUUCAGGCCUUCUACGCUGGUAUUGCAACUCAUUACCUUCCAUCCAGCGCGUUAGGAAACCUUACUACUCGACUCUCCGAGUUGGUAUUUAGCGAUACUGCAUCGUUGCGCACCCGCCUUGACCUCAUCAACAAGACAAUCUCCGAAUAUACGGUUUAUCUCCCACCCUUGAAAGAAGAACCAAUGCUGCUAUCCGGCAGCCUCCGUAAGUCUAUAGAUCGAUGCUUCUCCGAGACAACUGUCGAGAAUAUCAUAUCUGCACUGGAAAAGGAGACGGAGAACCCUGAUUGGGCGCAGAAGACUCUCAAAACGCUGGCUCAACGCUCCCCUAUUGCCCUUAAGGUCACGCUCCGUCAACUUCGUGUGGGCAAGUCAUGGUCCAUCGCAGAAACGUUCCAGCGAGAGGACCAGAUUGCCGGACAUUUCAUGGCUCAUCCGGACUUUGUCGAGGGUGUCUCGGCCAGGCUUGUUAACAAACCGCCAACCAAACCAGUCUGGAAACACGGGUCACUGGCUGAAGUCACUGAUGCUGAGGUAGAUGAGUUCUUCCGUAUCCCCGAGGGCGAGAGUCGCCUACCAUUACUGAACACGAGUACCGACUACAUGGAAUACCCACAUGCCAAGUUUGCCCUUCCUACAGAAGGUGAUAUCAUGAAAUUCGUCAGAAACAAUGCUCCGGUGCGUGCCAGCCAAGUCAUCAAGGAGUUCAUGGUACGAACCGAUGCGAAACUUGGCGUAAAGGAGAAGGUCCACGAAGUCUUGAAUCGAAACACUAAAGAGACGGAAGAGGGCUUGGUUUUGAAUUAACGGAUGUGCAGUGGACAUCUGGACCUCGAUUGUAUUUUCGUUUGCAUUCUCCCGUUCCAGCUAAUAAAUAGAAGAGGUCAUUCGCCAGUAUAUAUACAACACCGCGUUGCAUUAUAGUUGGUAUACUACUUAUGUUACGAAAUAUCUCCUUGUUACCUUGAUCGUAUUUGAUCGUAUUAAAGGGCAUGAAGAUGUGUCGAGCCCUUAUUUUAGGAAAUUGUAGGCAAUUGUAGGAAAUUCAAUUUGGCUCUUUUGAGGGAGAGCCAUACUCCGUUGUGUAACUAACUUGGUUGUGACUCGAGAAGGCGCAUUUCGUCCACCCCCUAUAGUAAUUUUACCCAUCGCCUCCCCUCCGGUUGUCUCUCGCAUUUAUCUGCGCCUUCAAUAGGCACAAGUCCAUGUGCUAUCACCCUCCUUUCGACGAGAACAUCCCCUUGACGCCGUGUGCUGGCAAUCCACCCUGGGUGCUUGGCAGGGCCAGCUAAGAGCCCACUCGCCGCCUAGUCUUGCAUCAAGCAAGCUUCCAUGGUGUAGUUGGUUAUCACGUCAGUCUCAUAUUACUAAGUAUGAGGAGCAGCUCAAACUGUUCUGACAUCUGAAGGUCGCCAGUUCGAACCUGGCUGGGAGCAAUUUCUUUUUGUCUUUUUUACCUUUAUAUUUCUUCCCCUUCGCCUCACCUUGAUAAUCUUAUU